AUGCCUCCCAAAAAACGUGAUAAAGACAGUGAAGCAAACAAAAAUUCUAAAAUAGAUCACUUACAAGCUGACCAUGAACUAUUUUUACAAGCUUUCGAAAAACCAACUCAAAUAUAUAGAUUCUUACGGACGCGUAAUAUGUUGUCGCCGAUAUUUCUCAAUAGGACGUUAUCUUAUAUGAAAAGGAGGAUGUCAAGAAGUAAUAAAAGCCGAAUUGGUUUUAAGGUGGACUCGUUACUAGAGAAAAUAACAUUGAAAAAGAGCACGGAAAUACAGCCAAACAGUUUAGGCGGCUACAUGACGCUUACGUUUCUAGGGUUUUACGAUAAAAGUUUGGAUGACCCCAGAGACUAUCAAGUAAAAGUUGAGACACUAUUGCUAAAAAUAUGUCAUAAGAAAAGAAAAGAAAGCUCAUCUGCAAUAUUUGAAGUAUCUGUUGGCAGCUGUUCAGUUCCUCUAAAUCCUUCAACUUCAGAGCCUCCUGCAAUGGCAUCUGCAGUUAGAAACAGUACCACAAAUGGGGCUACAAGCUCUACGGAAAUUACCAAUGGUGAUAGUGAUGAGCCAUUGACAAAACGACUGAAAUCCUCAUCAGACCACUUGAAUUCAACACCAACAGAAAACAAAUGGAGUAAGCUUUAUGGUAGUGAAUUGAUUGUCUAUGACAAACAUAAUCGUUGCCUUCUUACAAAUGGAGAGUAUGAUUUGGUCCUACAUGAUGCUACUCCUGGGAGUAGAAGUGCUACUAUUACUAAAUCUCCUCAUAAAGCAUUGAUGGCACAAUGGGAAACCAUACCUAAUGAAAGUGACAUGCAGACAGAGUCAAACCCAUUUGACAUCUUUAAAGUAAGACCUCUACUUAAACUUAAACUCAGUUGGAGUCAAGAACCAACUAAUGGACUAGUAAAUCGACCAAAACUGUACCAACAGUCUGGUGAUACUAAUGGUUUAAAAAAAGAUGGAUCAAGUAAAGAUAGGCUCACAACUCAAAAAUGUCACUUAAGUGAUAUCAAAAAUGGAGAGAAAUCAAAGGCGGAAAAUGGGGAUUCAGACUCCAAGCGCCAGCAGAUUAUCUACCAGUUCUUAUACAACAACAACUCUCGGCAGCAGACCGAGGCGUGUGACGACCUUCACUGCCCAUGGUGCUCGCUUGAUUGUGGCGCCCUCUACUCGCUCCUGAAGCAUCUUAAGUUGUGUCACUCGCGGUUCAAUUUCACUUAUUUUCCGAUCCCGGGGGGCGCGCGCGUCGACGUGUCGAUCAACGAGCUGUACGACGGCUCGUACACGGGCUCGCCGCACGACCUGAUCGCGGCGCAGGGGCGCGCGGCGGGCGGCGGGCCGCGCGCGGGGCCCACGCGGCGCGCCUCGCUCACGCACGUGCUCGUGUGCCGGCCGCGCCCGCGCCGCGCCAAGCGCCACAGCCUCGCCGAGUUCCUCGAGCUGGACGACGCGGACGCGGACUCGCAGCGGCCCUACCUCACCGGCCACAACCGACUGUACCACCAUACAAUUACCUGUCUCCCCGUAUAUCCAAAUGAGUUGGAUAUAGAUUCGGAGAGCGAAACAGACCCGCUAUGGCUGCAACAAAAGACAAUGAUGAUGAUUGACGAGUUCACGGACGUCAACGAAGGUGAGAAGGAACUGAUGAAGAUGUGGAACCUCCACGUCAUGAAGUACAACUACGUCGGCGACUGUCAGAUACCACUGGCGUGCCAGAUGUUCCUGCAGAUGAAGGGCAAGGAACUGCUGGAGAAGAACCUAUACAGAAACUUCAUACUGCACAUGUGCUCGUUGCACGAUUUCGGGCUACUCAGCCCGGUCGCGCUAUACCAGACCGUGCAAAUGCUCAACCAAAUGUUGGCGGACAAUGCCGAAGCCAAAGAGAAAAUGCGCGAUUCGCUCAAAGCGCAGCGCGAACACUGGAACGCGGUGGGUAAGUACCAGCAGCCGGUGAUCAUAGAGCAGAAGCCGCAGAACGCCACCGCGAAGCUAAACAAUGUCGAGGCUUCGCCGUCCGUCAGGAGGAAAACCUCCAAUCUUCAGAACGCGAACAGAAUGGCCAGCACCAGCGCCAACUUCAACAAAUCCUCGAGCCCCGGCCCCAAUAUCCCGGAGAGCAAGCGGAAAAUGUCCUCAAGCGGGAUACAUAGUCGCAAACGGUCGUCCAUAUCGGAGCGGAAGAGCUCCGUA